GACCGCAAUCGUGUUCUUGCAUUCUUCGUCACGUCAAGUAUUCAACGCUUUGCAUUUCACAGCGUCCCUUUUCUUCAACCUUUACCACGCAUUCAAUCAGAGAUAACUUCACCCCGUCAAGCUGUCGCAGUUGCAAGAGCAAACGCAAACGUCCAUGGCCUCCCAACCCGUCACAUUUCCUAGCCAGCCCCGCCGAGAGAUGGCGCCUACACCUUUACGCUCACACAAGAGUGCGAGUGGGUUUGAGUACCCGGCGAUGUGGAGUUUUCCCCCUUUCUUCACACUCCAACCCAAUCCUCAAACAUUGGCGCAUCAGCUACAACUAUGGAGGAGGCUGGUACUCGACUGGUCAAGGCAUGAAAGGGUGUUCGAAAUGAAUACGGACAGUACAGGGAAGGAUGUACUGGAAGUGUUCGAAAAUCGGACAAUCAACCGGAGGCUGUUACCGCCUUCAUUGAAAACUUUGAUGGGUGAGAUGGUCAAGAAUGGUGAAGCAGCUGCCAACCCACCCAAGCAAGAUUCACAGUACCUGAUUUACUGGCGAAAACCCGAGGAAUGGGGAGAUAUAAUAUACCACUGGGUAAUGGACAAUGGUCUCAACUCUAGUAUCAUGACAUUCUACGAGAUCACGGAUGGUGAUCUUUCACAUACGACAGAGUUCCACGAACUUCCUAUUUCCAUAUUACGAAAAGCACUAGAGACCUUAGUAAAGCGCGGUAGAGCACAAAUAAUAGAAGGGAAAGACGAAAUUGGAGAAGGUGUACGUUUUCUCUAGGUGUAUUUGGGUAUACGGCUAUCUUGUCAUGGACUUAGCAUUUUGUUAUUUGGACUCUUAUUGUGGCGUAAAUGGGAACGAAAUCGCCAGUACUGAUAUCUUCUUGGAGGAUACAAUGCUGAGGCUCUCCUUAUGACUAAUUCUUUCUAGCAUACUGCGGAUGGUAAAAAGGAUAGAUGGUGAUAGGAAGGCUUGCAUGUCCAUUUUCCAACUCAUGUACCUUUUAAUUUGCGAAUUUUUCC